AUGUUCACCUUAGCCAUUGGCGACCUCUACAUCCCAGAUAGACUGCUGGGAAUCCCACAGAAGUUUCUUAGGCUUCUAGCACCGAACAGCAAUGCAUACCCUUCGAAUCCAAAGAUUUCCCAAGUUGUGUGUCUAGGUAAUAUCACGCAGUCUAAGGAGACAUUACAAUACUUAUACAACAUUUCUCCUUCUUUCCAUAUUGUCCAGGGUGAAUUCGAUGAUCCCAGUGUUAUAUCGCAGCAAUUAGAGCAUAUUCUGGGGAACCCUUCCAACUUGCCGCAGUACAAGGUGAUCACUGUGGACAACUUUCGCAUAGGCUUUACCAAUGGCCACCAGAUAAUGCCUCAGAAUGAUCCGCUUUCGUUGCUAGCAUUUGCAAGGGAAAUCAACGUUGAUAUUUUGAUUUGGGGAGGCACGCAUAGAGUCGAGGCGUACACUUUGGAUGGCAAGUACUUUAUCAAUCCGGGAAGUGCCAGCGGAGCAUUUCAUUUUGGCUGGCCUGAAAUCGAUGACAUAGAGGAGGAGGAGGAUGUUGAUGAUGACAAUGACGAGGGUAUGACUGAGGAAAAGGUCGACGAAAAGACGGAGAAGUCCAGCGAAGGUGAUGGUCAAGAUAAAAAGGAAUCUCAGGAAGAACUUGCUGAUAAAGACGAAAACAGCUCCAACUCUAAGAAGGAAGAGAACAACGAAGACGACGGUAAACUCAACGACCCUAUUCCCUCCUUUUGUCUUCUAGAAACGAACGGUUCGAGAUGCACCCUAUACAUUUAUACUUACAUCAACAAUGAGGUGAAGGUGGAUAAAGUUAUCUACCAAAAGGACUGA